AUGGAUCAGUUUGAGCCUUUUGCCAAAAACCAUCACCCACCAUUUGGAGGUGGAUGGUUAAUCUUUUGGAAUGACUUUGACACAAAGCAAAUACAGAUAUUGGUCUUUGGUCUAAUUUUGCUGUAUCUUUCUUCACAGCUCCCUGUUAUGGGAGGAGCCUUUAUGGACUCACCCAAUGAGGACUUUAGUACAGAGUACUCCUUGUUUAACUCAUCAGCCAACGUCCAUGCAGCUUCUUCCAUGCAGAAUCCACCAGAAGAGACAUCCCGCUCUUCAAAUGAUGCCAUAUUGCUAUGGAUUGCAAUAAUAGCAACAAUUGGAAAUAUUGUGGUUGUGGGAGUGGUGUAUGCCUUCACCUUCUAG